AUGGAUGGCAGCACCUCCCCGACGGCGCUGCUCGCCUUCCUCGGCCCCAAGAUCCCCAUGAUGCUCAAGACGGCCCUCUUCCACAGCCUCUCGCUAUCGCACACGUCGUCGAAAUGGGACCUGCGCUCCGAACUCGUCGUCAAGGUCAUCCGCGCCGAGAUCUCCAGCCCCCGCCCCAUGUCCAUCACCCAGCAGCAGCAGCACGUCAACAAGAUCCACCCCGUCAAGGGCCCCACCUGGGUCAGCCGCGUCGCCAUGCCCGCCCCGCCCGAGGACGAUAUCCGCGCCGCCCUGCUGCAGGCCAUCGAGGACAUGAAGCAGGACGGCGACGAGGCGUACACGGUGCCCGAGCUGCGCCAAGUCGAGGCCGAGUGGCAAGGCCACCGCGCGGGCGUUCCCAAGGACGCGCCUGAGCCCAGCAACCUCUCAGAGGAGGAGAAAUACGCGCACAUGCUGAAGGAGGUGCACAGCGACGCCGUCGUCCUCUACUUCCACGGCGGCGCCUUCUACCUCCUGGACCCGUCGUCCCACCGCGCCACCACGACGAAAUACGCGCAGCAACUCGGCGGCGCCCGCGUCUUCUCCGUGCGCUACCGCCUCGCGCCGCAAAACCCCUUCCCCGCGGCGCUGCUGGACGCCCUGCUCGCGUACCUCAGCCUGCUGCACCCGCCACCAGGAUCGCUGCACGCGCCCGUGCCCGCCGACAAAAUCAUCGUCGCGGGGGACAGCGCGGGGGGGAACCUGGCGCUGGUGCUGACGCAGACGCUGCUGCAGCUGCGGCGCGCCGCGGGGGACAAAGUGCCGACGAUGAAAUUCCACGGCAAAGACGUCCCCGUCCCCCUGCCCGGCGCGCUCGCCCUCACCUCCCCCUGGACAGACAUCACGCGGGCCCUCCCCUCCAUCGCCGCAAACGCGCACUACGACUACCUGCCCCCACCGACUACCAGCAGCAGCGGCGCACGGUUCCCGCCGUGCGAAGCCUGGCCUACCAACCCACCCCGCGUGGAUCUCUACUGCGAGGGCAGCGCGCUGACGCACCCGCUGGUGUCGCCGCUGUCGGCGCCCGAUUGGGCGGACUGUCCGCCCGUGCUGUUUAUUGUCGGCGAGGAGAUGAUGGCGGAUGAGUCGAAGGUGCUGGCGCACCGCAUGGUGCGGCAGGGCGUCAGUGUCGUGUGGGGCCAGUAUGAGGCCAUGCCGCAUUGUUUUGCGCUCAUGCUGGAGGGGAACAGUAGUGCGGGCAGGGCGUUUGAGCAGUGGGCGGCGUUUGCGAGGAGUGUGGUGGGUGGGCAA